AUGCUUAGACAUCUUCAUCUUACUCUUCCUUUAACAAAUGUGAUAGAACAAAUGCCAAAUUAUGCAAAGUUCCUUAAGGAGAUUUUGAGUGGAAAAAGAACAUGUGAUGUGGCGGAAAUGGUUAACUUGACCGAGAAUUGUAGUGCAAUCAUAAUGAACAAAAUCCCACCCAAGUUGAAGGAUCCCGGAAACUUUUCUAUCCGCUAUGCUAUUUAUAAAAUGCAAAUUGAUAAUGCCUUGUGUGAUUUAGGAGCUAGUGUUAGCAUUAUGCCAUACUCGGUAUAUCAAAGACUAGAGAAGGGAGAACUUUUACCUACCAACAUUACCUUGCAAUUAGCCGAUAGUUCAUUAGGAUCCCAAGGGGCAAGACCAUUUCUUGCUACUUCGGGUGCUUUGAUUGAUGUCAAAAGUGCUAAGAUUUCACUUAAAAUUGGAUAUGAGGGAUUUGAAUUUGAUUUGAAUGAAAGUAUGAAAUAUCCUUCUUCAUCUUUUGAGAAUUGCAUGAGAGUUAAAAAUUUAGAUAAUCUUGUACAUUCAAUGCAUGAGCACUUGCUCACAACUAAUGAUCCUCUUGAGUGUGUUUUGUUAAACAAGGAAAAGAUAGGUGCUCCUAGCAAGGACAUGUCUUUGUAUGAGAACUUUUUGGAUGGAAGCGUUGAGGGAAGUGAUGAGCAAAUUUGCAUGAAAAUCUCAAGCCAAGAGGCUUUGCAAGCGGCUUUGAUCAAGGAAGGUAAAGGUGUUCCUAUGGUAAAGCUCAAACCUUUACCAUCACACCUAAGGUAUGAACUCUUAGGCCCAAAUUCUACUUACCCCGUGAUUAUUAGCUCAUCUUUGAGUAAAAGCCAAGCUCAAGUGUUAUGCGGUGUUUUGAGAAAGCACCAAGGUGCUUUGGGUUAUACCAUUGAUGACCUCAAAGGUAUAAGCCCUGCUUUAUGUACACACCACAUAACCCUUGAGGAGGGUGCCCUUCCUUCUAUUGAACGACAACGGAAAUUACAUCCCCAAAUGGGGGAGGUAGUGAAGAAAGUGAUUACUAAGCUUUUAGAUGUAGGAAUCAUAUUCCCCAUCUCAAGCUCUAGAUGGGUCUCACCCGUUCAUGUCGUUCCAAAGAAGGGAGGCAUGACCGUCGUCAAGAAUGAAAAAGGUGAAGUUUCCUUUGAAACAUGCCUCGAAAAUCUUAAAAAGUGUUUGGCAAGAAGUGAGAAAGUGAAUUUGGUGUUGAAUUGGGAAAAAUGCCAUUUCAUGGUUGAAGAAGGAAUAGUCCUUGGGCACAAAAUUUCCCACAAAGGCAUUGAGGUUGACAAGGCAAAGAUUGAGGUUAUCGAAAAGUUGCCACCUCCAGUCAAUGUGAAAGGUCCCCUCAAUGAUCUUCUUCAAAAGGAUGCCGAGUUUGUAUUCGAUGACAAGUGUUUGAAGGCAUUCAAUAAGUUGAAGAAAGCUCUAAUAUCCACUCCAAUUGUUCAAGCUCCAAGAUGGGAUUUGCCAUUUGAGUUAAUGUGUGAUGCAAGUGAUACGGAUAUUGGAGGAGUUUUAGGUCAAAAAUUUGAUAAGAAACUUCAUGUGAUUUAUUAUAUGUCCAAGACUCUAAAUGGAGCUCAACGGAAUUACACUACAACGGAGAAGGAGUUCUUGGCUAUUGUUCAUUCCUUUGAAAAAUUUUGUUGCUAUUUGUUGGGGUCCAAAAAAAUUGUGUUACUAAUUCGUUGGGUGUUAGAGCUUCAAACUUUUGACCUUGAGAUUAGAGAUAAGAAAGGAACGGAGAAUGUGGUAGCGGAGCAUCUAUCUAGGCUUGAGUAUUUUCAAGUUCAAGAUGAUGGGUUUCCCAUUGAAGAUAGAAUUUUAGAUGAUUCUUUGUAUGCUAUAGAUGUGAAGGAACUCCCAUGGUUUGCCGAUUUGGUAAACUAUCUUGCUUGUGGGGUAUUUCCUCCUUCAUUUUCCAAGAAUCGAAGAAAGAAGCUCAAAAGGGAGGCUAAGCAUUAUGUUUGGGAUGAACCGAUUUUGUACAAAACGGGUGUUGAGGAGAUGUGUUCCAAAUGA